AUGGGCGCUCUCCUCUCGAUCCCGCUGAUGGCGGUCCCGAGCAUGGGCACCCUGCUAUCGUUCGCCGCUAGCUGUUGCGGCGCUGCGACAUGCUCCAUGGUUUGCAGCGCAUGUGGGAAAUGCGGCAACAGUGUCGCGACCCGUAUCGGCUACGCCCUCAUUCUCCUCAUCAACUCCAUUCUCUCGUGGAUAAUGCUCACAAAAUGGGCGAUCGAAAAGCUGCAACACCUCAUGCUCGACUACGUCAAGAUAAAAUGUGGCGACGGCAACUGCUACGGCUGGCUCGCCGUCCACCGCAUCAACUUCGCUCUCGGAAUCUUCCACCUUGUGCUCGCUGCCCUCAUGCUAGGCGUGCAAUCCUCCAAGAACCCACGCGCCGCCAUCCAGAAUGGAUACUGGGGUCCCAAAAUUAUUGCGUGGCUGGGUCUGAUCGUCGUUACCUUCUUCAUUCCAGACCCGUUCUUCCAGUUCUGGGGCAACUAUGUCUCCUUGGUGUGCGCCAUGCUGUUCUUGAUCCUGGGCCUUAUCCUGCUCGUCGACUUGGCCCAUAACUGGGCCGAAUAUUGCCUCACGCAGAUCGAAGAUUCGGAGUCCAAGACAUGGCGCGUCAUCCUGAUCGGCUCGACUCUCGGCAUGUUCCUCGGCUCCAUUGCCAUGACCAUCAUCCAGUACAUCUUCUUUGCCUCGGGCGGCUGCUCUAUGAACCAGGCCGUUAUCACCGUCAACCUGCUCCUCUGGAUCGCCAUCUCCGUCAUCUCAGUCCACCCCACCGUCCAGGAACACAACCCCAAAGCCGGCCUCGCCCAGGCCGCCAUGGUUGCCGUCUACUGCACCUACCUGACCAUGUCCGCCGUCUCCAUGGAGCCCGACGAGACCGAAGACCACCGCUGCAACCCGCUCAUCCACGGCCAGGGGACCCGCACCACUACCAUCGUCGUCGGCGCCAUUGUCACCAUGCUCACCGUCGCUUACACCACCACCCGCGCAGCCACCCAAAGCCUCGGCAUGGGCGCCAACCGCUCGGGUCAGAUCCGUCUCUCCGAUGCCGAAGGCGACUACGAGCACGACCUUGUCACGCAGCAACCCUCGGCCCGUAAGCAGAUGCGCGCCGAAGCCCUCCGCCGUGCCGUCGAAGAAGGCAGCUUGCCCGCCGAUGCUCUCCUCUCCGACGACUCCGACGACGACUCCGUCCACGGCGGCGGCUCAGGUUCCCGUGAGGACGACGAGCGCUCCAGCACGCAGUACAGCUACGCCAUGUUCCACAUCAUCUUUUUCUUGGCCACCGCCUGGGUGGCCACGCUGCUGACGAUGGACUGGGACGAUGACCGCCGGCGGGACGAUGAUUUCGCCACGGUUGGACGCACGCUGUGGGCUAGCUGGGUCAAGAUUGUUAGUUCGUGGGUGUGCUAUGCCAUGUACACUUGGACUUUGAUCGCGCCGGUACUGUUGCCGGAGAGGUUUGAGUUCGAGUAA